UCCGUCCCAGACCGGUGCGCGCGGUCAUGUGCGAGUGUCGUUGCAGCAGAGCAGUUGCCUGCCGCCGAACGCGAGUGUUGUCCACGUGCGUUGUCCGAAUCUCGUUGCUUUUUCGAAACCGACGAAUGAAUUACGUGACUUUAUAGACGAAUUUUUUUUUUCAAAAAACCAUUUUGACAGUUAACCGUCAACCGGAGCCCGUCUGUCGGAAUAUUUUUAUUGAUAUUAAUAUUUUACUUACAACACGAUAAGACGUUAUUGAAUAACUUUUCGGAAGACUUACGCGGACACGGUUGCCGCUGAAAAAUCAAAUUAUACGAAGACAUCGGUGACAAUCGUUGUCGAAGCAAUACUUCUCUGUUACCGCGGUUACAAACAUAUUAUACAGGGACGUCAUGACUGCGGCCCCACGAGUUUUGGCACUGGCCACGUUGCUGGCGGUCGGGGCACAGACGCUGUCCAACGGUGGUGCGGACGGUCGUCACGCGGCCGCCGGCGUCGAACGGUACACGAAGCUUGAUAGGUUCCUGCACGACCGGAUGGGUCUGACCAGCGUUUUCGGCGGCGGCGUCGGCAACCGGUCCGGCCUGUCGGCGCCGACUACCGACCGAGGCCUGUUGUCCAGGACACCUGCGGCCAGCGCGGCCGUUCCCGAGGAUGAGGACGAUGACGGCGCAGAUAACGAAGAUGAUGGCGAUGACGACGAUGACGAAGAUGACGAGGAGGACCUGCAGGACGAGAAGGACGAGGUGACUCCUGAGCCGUUUGUCAGGCUGCGACACAGGAACGCGGCUGCAGCGGCGGCUGCGGUGGCAGCCGAGAAGGACUUUAACGUAUACGGCAAAGACAUCCAGAAACACGAACCAGCGAGAACCAUGUCACCAAUAUCAGAAAAUAAAUGGAAACUUUUAGGUUCUAGGAAGAAUGUGGAAGAAACUUUCCGUAGUUCACAGAAGAUCAGUUUGUUUCAAGGGCAAGGUGAUAACGAAGGAAGUGAAGCUUACAAGCAUCAAAUAAGAAUUUCGAAAGAAGCGUCUUGCAAAGUACCUAGAUCUCGAGUGAUUAAGGUAACUGACGUAUACCCCAGCUCGAAUAAGAAAUAUUUACCUGCGUGUACCAUACUUCACGUAUGUGCUGAAGAUACAGGUUGUUGUAAUAGUCCAACUUUGAAGUGCGGUCCGAAGACAUCACAACCAAUUUAUUUGCCCUUCUUAGUUUACACUUUACCUGGACUUGGAGACCGGCAGUCACCAGAACACUCUUCGUACCAGAAAUCGUUACUUUUUUAUAACCAUACCGAAUGCGAGUGCCAGUCAAGAACGGAUGACUUGAUGCCUAGGGACACGUUGCCUACUGCUUCCGUGGCAACCCCAGAUCCGCCGCAACUAUUCAGACAUAGAACCGACAAAAAUUAUCAGUACAGUUGUAAGUGUCCGACGGAAUAUACUGUACGUUAUUUGGCCAACGGUUCAUGUUCGUGCGACUGUUUUGACAAACAACGAGAGUGCAUCCGAUACAAGAAAGGCAACGUUUAUUUUAAUCAUCUUGACAGAUACUGCAUAACAUCGGGUCAGUGUUUGUUACCAACGUGUGAGUAUGGUGUUUACUCUUCUCGGACAGGACGUUGCCCAAAACAAUUUGAGACUCUGUAUUCGUUAAAUAAGAAACAUUACUUCUAAUUUAACUUGAGACUUGUGGUUUGUUUUAUAGAAAUAUAAAGCUGGGUCCGCACAGUUUUUACAAAAACAGAACCGUAGAAUGUCCCACAGUGAAUAGGAAACAAAUUAGUAAUUAGUUCUUAAAAGCUAAAACUAAAUGUUGAAAAAAACAUAAUUGUUUUAAAAUUAUCAGAAAACAUCAAGUUCAUAUUUUGUUUCAAUUUUGUUCUUUCUGUGUGGACCCAGCUUAAUAUAUUAUAUGUAUUCCUUCACAUGUACGAUAUACUUAUAAUAUAAAGGUAUAUGUGUAUUUGUAUUUAUAUAUAAAUAUAUAAUACAAUAUCUACCUAAUAAUGUGUUCAGUGAUGUGUUCGCAUUUUUGUUUUAAAUGUAAC